AUUAGAUUGAGCAUAUUUCUGUUUUGGUGUUUUGUUUAUUUAAUUUAAAAAAUCACAUUACUUUUCUAACCCAGUUUAGGAAUAAUAUACGAAAUUGAGUAUUAAAUGAACAUGUUAUUGGAGUUGAAAGUCUUGGGCUUGUUUAGUUUUGAUUUUUAUCCCUUUUGCUUGAGCGAGUAAAUAACUUUAAUACACAAAAAUAUUUCAAGUUUUGAAAUGUUAAGAAAGGCUUUGAAAUACUGCUUUUUGAGAUCACUUCAGAUUAAAAUGCUCUUUUUGUUGUUGUUGACUGCUAUUUAGAUUCCUUUUGCUUUUGGGGGGGAGAAAUAGUAAACUGUCUGGAAUCCAGCAUUCAAACUUAUAUGAGAAGAUUAUUCUAGUUAAGAAGCUAGACUGUUGUGUAAUUAAUUCCACUGUGAAACUUUAUUCUUGAAAACAUUCAGCAGCACGACUGAAACAUACAGCUGUAGUGCUUUUGAAACCGAAGGUUUUUCAAAAAGACCAAAAAAAAAAAAAAAAACUUUUGUCCCCAGGAGAAUAGUUUGACUGGUUUCCUCAUUUCUCUUUCAAAUAUAUAUUUAAGAGAUCUUUUAUUUCAGCAUAACAAUAAUUAUUUGCAGGAGUUUUUGUGUUAGCGACUAAUUUAGAACUUGUAGAUUUGAGCUGCCUGAAUUGGCCAGACAGCUGUAAUCGCACUCCUCUAUUCUUAAUCUCUUUAUCUGGGCAGCAGCUGCCAUAUGGCCACAGUCAGCUGGAUCAGAUGUUUAUAAGCUUCCUUCUUCGUCCCUCUCUGUCCUCUCAGCCUCCUAAUUUGAUCGCGGCUACCUUGUGAGCUGCCCUCCAAUCUUUAUUUUUAGCCCUCUCAAGGAUUAGGAUUGAUGUUAGCUGUGGGGCACUUAAAGUGAUUGUAUUGUAAAUCUUGGUUUAUUCUAACAGUGGCAUCUUGCAGAAUGUAUUUGGGGUUAGGAUGAAAGUUUCAGUCCAUCUUGGCCAAAGUGUAGAAGAAGCAGGGAAGGAAUUUCUGAAUAUUAAAUUGAUGUGUAUCCAUUCCCCCAAUGCACUUUCUGAGACGGUUGGUGUGGAACCUCACUUCUGGUCACAGGAAAGGGGAAGUCGGAUUGUCUUUAUUUUUAAGGAGUUGAAUUUUGACCCUUCUUGCAUCUUCUACAUCUUUGCCUUUCUUCUCCUUUCCUUUCCCUCUCCUUCACCAGAAACCAAGGGCAACAAUGCAUAUUUGCAAGAAUAGAAGCUAGUGGGAAAACAAAAUAUAUCAAGUUAUGUUGAAACAAAGUAUUUUCUGUUGACUGAGGUAAGGCAGAGUCAGAAAAAAAAUAGUUUCUCUUUUCCUAGCGAGGCUUUUUUUUUUUUCGUUUUUGAUGUUGAAUCUGUAAAGCUUUUGAGUUUCAUUUGAACGUGAUCUGCCUUUAUUUUAAAAGUUUGAAUUAAUUUUAAUAUGGAACUCAUUUUGCUUUGCAAUGGAUCAAAGUUUAGAUGAGAAUUUUCAGAGUUAAAUAAAGCCCUUCUGGUUCCUAAUAUUCUAGAUGUACAGAUUUUACAAAGAAGUAUAGCCAUUUUUUCCUCAAUUCAUUUAAAAAAAAUAUUUGGAUUUGUUCAUAGUAAAGAUGAUCUUUUCCAUCUGUUGGUGUAGUUCCUUCUGAUCUCGUACAUGUGUGCUCUACCUGCAGAUCUUAAGGCAUUAACAUCUGUUUUUAUACACAGGGCUUUUGUUGUUGUAACACUCUGACUUUAAAAGUUAUGAAGACAGCAUGGAGUUUCCAGACCAUAGCAGACACUUGCUGCAGUGUCUGAGCGAGCAGAGGCAUCAGGGUUUCCUUUGUGACUGCACUGUUCUGGUGGGAGAUGCCCAGUUCCGCGCGCACCGAGCUGUACUGGCUUCAUGCAGCAUGUAUUUCCACCUCUUUUACAAGGACCAGCUGGACAAAAGAGACAUUGUUCAUCUGAACAGCGACAUUGUUACAGCCCCAGCUUUCGCUCUCCUGCUUGAAUUCAUGUAUGAAGGGAAACUCCAGUUCAAAGACUUGCCCAUUGAAGACGUGCUAGCAGCUGCCAGUUAUCUCCACAUGUAUGACAUUGUCAAAGUCUGCAAAAAGAAGCUGAAAGAGAAAGCCACCACGGAGGCAGACAGCACCAAAAAGGAAGAAGACGCCUCAAGUUGUUCGGACAAAGUCGAGAGCCUCUCGGACGGCAGCAGCCACAUGGCGGGGGAUCUGCCCAGCGACGACGACGAAGGGGAAGAUGAAAAAUUGAACAUCUUGCCCAGCAAAAGGGACUUGGCGGCCGAGCCUGGGAACAUGUGGAUGCGACUGCCCUCAGACUCCGCAGGCAUCCCGCAGGCUGGCGGGGAGGCAGAGCCGCACGCCGCAGCAGCUGGAAAAACAGUAGCCAGCCCCUGCAGCUCAACAGAGUCUUUGUCCCAGAGGUCUGUCACCUCCGUGAGGGAUUCGGCAGACGUUGACUGUGUGCUGGACCUGUCUGUCAAGUCCAGCCUUUCGGGAGUUGAAAAUCUGAACAGCUCUUAUUUCUCUUCACAGGACGUGCUGAGAAGCAGCCUGGUGCAGGUGAAGGUGGAGAAAGAGGCCUCCUGUGAUGAGAGUGAUGUUGGCACUAAUGACUAUGACAUGGAACGUGGCACUGUGAAAGAGAGUGUGAGCACUAAUCACAGGGUCCAGUAUGAGCCGGCCCAUCUGGCUCCUCUGAGGGAGGACUCGGUCCUGAGGGAGCUGGAGCGCGAGGACAAAGCCAGCGACGACGAGAUGCUGAGCCCCGAGAGCGAGCGCGUCCCGGUGGAGGGCGCCGUGGAGAGCGGCCUGCUGCCCUACGUCUCCAGCAUGCUGAGCCCGGCCGGCCAGAUCUUCAUGUGCCCGCUGUGCAACAAGGUCUUCCCCAGCCCGCACAUCCUGCAGAUCCACCUGAGCACGCACUUCCGCGAGCAGGACGGGCUGCGCAGCAAGCCGGCCGCCGACGUGAACGUGCCCACCUGCUCGCUGUGCGGGAAGACGUUCUCGUGCAUGUACACGCUCAAGCGCCACGAGCGGACCCACUCGGGCGAGAAGCCCUACACGUGCACGCAGUGCGGCAAGAGCUUCCAGUACUCGCACAACCUGAGCCGCCACGCCGUGGUGCACACGCGCGAGAAGCCGCACGCCUGCAAGUGGUGCGAGCGCAGGUUCACGCAGUCGGGGGACCUGUACCGGCACAUCCGCAAGUUCCACUGCGAGCUGGUGAACUCCUUGUCGGUCAAGAGCGAGGCGCUGAGCCUGCCCGCCGUCAGAGACUGGACCUUAGAGGACAGCUCGCAAGAGCUCUGGAAAUGAUUUUAUAUAUAUAUAAAUAAUAUAUAUAUGCAUAUAUAUAAAUAGAUCUCUAUCUAGGUGUGGUACGGUCUAAAAGCAGUCUUGUUUCCCAGAACUAAGAAGUUGGGAUAUUAACUUGUUUUUGCACUUUAGAAUAGCAUGAGAAUCUCACUAAUUUAGCAUUCUGAUAAAAGAAACUUUAGCGCAAGUCGGAGAAUAGAGAGGUGUUUUUCUUUCGAGGGCGUAGGGGAAGUAGGCCAAUGAGAACCUUUGAAACGAAUCGUCCUAUCACAAAAGGCUUUCACAGGGCUUCGUUUUGUCAACAUUGCAUUGUCUUUUGAGCUCUUUUUUUUUUUCCCCCUUUUUUUUUUUUUUUUUUUAAGGUAGAAAUUCCCUCCAGUUUUAUUAGCCUCUUUCUAUGUCUCAAAUUGCAUGAAUCUUUUCUGGCUGUUGGAAACCUGAAUGCUUUUAGACCCAAAUGGAAAAUUUCUGAAAUGCUGGAUUAUCUAUUUUUAAACAAGCAGUUGACUUAAAACUUUCUGUGGCAACUUCUGGUUUUCUGACGGUUCCCAAUGAGAGAAAUUCUGAGAGUACACUGGGAUCGCUGGGACGCUGUCUGUGAAGGUUUGCUUGGGACGAAAAAGGAUAUUGCAGCUUCAGCAGUGUUGAACUGUGUGUUGAAAAUGUGAAUUACUGUUAUUGUAUACUGUAAUUGAUUACAUGGGCUGGGGGGGGUCAAAGAACUUGACAGGUUGUGUUGAUGCUCUUAGUUGAGUCUUGAAAAGUAAAUAUUAACGCUACAGAAAUGCAUGAGUUUCAAUAUAUUUUUUGUCUUUGUUUGCAUUGUAUAACUUUAACGAGUGAGUUUAAAAUUAUUUAAUUUCCUUAGAAAAAAAUAGCACCAUUUGGGAAAAAACUGGUGUUAUGAAGAACGUAAAUGCACUGUUUUUAUUUUUAUUUUAUAUAAUUUAAAUUGACUUUCCCACUGUCUUUAAGUUGAAACUGUUAAGCUGAAUAAAAACUUAAGCUGCAGAUUGAUAACUUCGCUACAUAACAAGGAAAAUAUAAAUGUUUACAAACGGCUUCAAGAUUUGCAUGUGCAGUGUGCAUUUAUAACAAACUUCUAAUUGCACAAAACCCAUGCUCAAAGUUUAGGUGUACACAUUUACCCAGUUGAGCAUUUUUAGAAUAACUACUGCACAAAUUGACAAUA